AUGCUACACAAGACGCCCAUGAAAUCAGCCAGCGAUCGGCGCUUCAUUCUUAGAACCCUGAGACACAUUUUGGACGGAUGUAUCGCAACGACAGACACUCCGGGCGCACAGUUCGUUCCCGAACUCCUCGAAAUAUGGCCGGACACCAAAGUCAUAUGCACAAUUCGCGAUCGUAAAGAAUGGGCGACGUCUAUCAACCAGAUCGGACGCGCAUCUGGCUCGAGAUCAUGGAUGCUGAGUCUUGUCUUGCUGCUGCUCCCUGGGCUCCGUUACUUCACCACGUACGUGUCUGCCUUGCAGCAUGGUCGCUGGGGUGAGCUGUACUUUCGGCCUGGAGACGCGAAUGGAUAUUCGGCGGCAAUUUAUGAACGCCACAUCGAAUUGCUGAAGAGUGUCAUUCCUGAGGAGAAGCAUGUCUUCUACGAUGUGAGGGAUGGGCGGGAGCCGCUUUGCGGGGCUUCGGCGGUGCGCUUGCCCGAUGACAUACCCUUCCCGAAGCUGAACGACUCGAAGAGUGCAGAUCAAAUUGCUAGAGCGGUUGUGAUGAAGAUUCUGAAGGCAUGGGCUAAGUUCUUUGGUGGUGGCGCCUUCACCGUUGUCAGCUUGUGUAUAGGGUGGAGAGCUUGGAAGUAG